UUUUGCUGUCACAGUCAUCAAAUCAGCUGUGUAUUGCACACAGGGAACAUGUAACAAUAAAUGCGUAUUAAAUUAUCGGUGUGAAAAUGUCCACUGAGACAAUUGAUAAAAAGGCAACUCAAUGUUUAUGAUAAAUUCACGGCUAACGAGAAAUGGCACGCCGGAGGAGCAGUGGUAUCAUGAGCUUGGGAUUUAACCAGGAUCAAGGCUGCUUCACUUGCUGCCUAAGAUCUGGCCUGCGCGUGUACAAUGUGGAACCACUUGUCGAGAAGGCCCACUACAGCAAAGAUGAGUUGGGCGAGGUAUUACUAUGCGAGAUGGUGUUCCGCACCAACUGGCUCCUGGUGGUGAAGGCGCGCCGGCCCUGCAACCUCUUGCUGCUUGACGACCAACAGCGCGUUUUCAAAGCCGAGGUGCUGUUCAAGUCGCCUAUAAGAGCAUUACGCGCUAGGAAAGAUAAAGUGGCAGUGGUGCUGUCAUCCAGCAUCCAGGUGUUGUCAGUACCGUCGCUGCAGCGCAUGGCUUUACUCCGCACGCCGUCGACCGUGAGGCCACUGUGCUCGCUCGCCUCCGACAACAACGCGUCGCAGUUGCUCGCUGCGCCCGCGCACAGGAAGGGCUCAGUGCAGCUGCUGGACGUGUCACGUGCAGUAAAAGGCGCUCAGUCGAGCUCGCCAGCGGUAGUGGGGUGCCACCAGACCAAUCUAGUCUGUCUCAGUCUGUCGGCAAACGGCACUAAGUUAGCCACCGCGUCGGCGAGAGGCACCAUUAUACGGCUAUGGGAUACCGCCUCUAAACGGAUGCUGCACGAACUGCGACGAGGGUCCGAUUACGCGGAUGUAUAUUGUAUAAACUUCAACCCGUCGGCGUCGCUGGUGAGCUGCGUGUCGGACAAGGGCACGGUGCACGUGUGGACGGCGCGCGGCGCGUACGCACACGUGGCGGCGGCCGCGGCCGCGCCCGGCUCCGCUGUGCACGCGCCGCACGCGCGCGCCCUCUGCGCCUUCGUAGACGACAACAACGCCGUCGUAAUAUGCGAGGAUGGAACCUUCCACAAAUUCACGUUCUCUGCUGAGGGGAACUGCCAUCGAAGUGAUUUUGAAUAUUUCUUGCAGGUGGGAGAGGACGACGAAUUUCUGCAAUGAUAAUUUUUUUUUUAAUAUUAAUUGACUUUUGCUUGAUGAUCCGUAAGUGAUAAAUCGAAGUGACUACGCAGUAUCCAUAGAAGCAAUCCUACUAUUUCAUAUCGUGAUAAUUUCCUAUUUUAUGCUAUAUGGUACCAUGUGAAAUGCUGUGUGUAAUAGUUUAACCAAUAUUUACUCAAACUUUACAUAAUCACCAGUUAAACAUAUAUUUGCAUGUGGUCUCACGCGUAUUUGUAAUUCCUUAGUGUUAUUUUUUUUUUAUUUAAUUGUCAAUUUGUGAUAUAUCUAUUACGAAGUUAAUAGCAAUUUACCAUUUUGUCUGUUAUAAAAAUAUACAUAAAUAAUUAUUUUACUUUUGUAACAUGUAUAGAUUUGUUUAUUUAAAUAUAUAUUAAAUCGUAGUAGUAUUUAAUGGCGAUCGAUAACGUAGUUUUUGUCCAUAUAACUUUUAUUAUUAAAUUAAAAAUCUUCGGAUGAAAAUACGCUUAUUCGGUCUCAAAUAUUUCCUUAUUCACGUCUCUAUGUGUUCACUUUAUGUUUUACAAUUAUAUCGCGUGAUUUACAAUAUCGUGCAAUUUUUCUCUGUCUCUGAUAAUUUUUAAGUUUAUAGAUUAAAAUCGUAGGUAAUAAAUACUGACAAAGUUUAUCAUUUAAGGUGGACAUGUUUUUACAAUAAAACAUUAUGCUUAAGGGCUAAAAUUAUUCGUAAUUGUAAAAAGACAAAUGGUACUAAAUUGCAUUUUUAUUUUAUAUUUGGAAAUAAGGUGAAUGUGUGGACAGCUGAAUUUAUAUAUUUAUAAUCUGAAAUGUCUAAUUAAGUCAUAUUAAAUGUAACCGAAUGUUGAACAAAGUAUCUUUCCUUUUGUGAAUUUGAUACAAAUUAUACUUUAUUGCAUUUGGUUGCAUUGUAGAAUUUUAUUUAGAGUAAUUGACUGAAUGAUUAUUGGCGGUAUUUUAGUAUGACGACGACGAAGUAGUUUAUGCUAAGAGAUCACACAGAUAUUGUAAUAUAUGUAUGCAAUGUUAAUAUCUGAUAUAUUAGCUUCUUAAUUUUAUAUGCGCCCAAAUUGCAGCUUCGCGCAACUAUAUUAAGUAUUGUGUACCUUUGAUGUUUCUGUUGUGUAUGUAACUAUAUGUUUUUUUUAUAUUAAUAUUAAAUGAUAAUGAUAAAUCAAUCUAUAACACUUUAUGCUCUUAUUAUUCUAAAUCAUACUUAAUCUAUUAUAAUUGGUACGAAAGAAAUCGUUUUAUAAUUUUAGACUUAUUAUCUUUUCAUAUACUUAAUUCAAAUAGCAUUUUUUUUUAUUUCAUCGCUCAAUUAUACCUUAUUGCAUUUGCUCAUUCUAGGAAUGUAAUUUGGUAAAUUCAUCUAGCUUUAAUUAAAAAAAGAAACUUCACAAAUUUUUAUUUUCAAAUUAAUGUAGAUAAUAUAUUAUUAUGCUGUUUUAAUAGUCAUACAUUUGACUGAGAGAAAAUAGGAUAAAUAUUUAGGGUUUCAUAUUGUGUUAUACAUUUACAUCACAACACAUGUUCAACCCCAUUAUGUAAAAUUAAAUGUAAAGUUUUAUGUGUAAUUAUGUAAAUAUUUUAUAGUGACAUAUAGUUUUUAUACUUUCAAUAGAUGAAUAGACAUAAAAUAAUAAUGUAUGUAUCAGCUACGCUAUUUUAAUAAUUCAGAACACGUAAACUGUAAUAAUUUGUAGUCGAUGAAAAAAAACAAAGUGCACACUGAAAUGUAAAUAGGUUUCAGAAGUCAGAUUAUUUUUUUAUGGUAUUACGGAAAUUGGGGAGAUAUUAGUGGUCUCCUAGUAUCAUCGGUUACUGAUGAUAUUGUAUCAAUAUUAAACUUUCAAAAUAAACAUUUUUAUUAUA